CUUCCACUUACCUUUCGAGCACCGCCAACCUGGUUCUCUUGUAUCCUUAUGAGGUUAUUCUUCCUGCUCAUCCUUUUAGAGUGUCCUUAGGCGACAAAAGUCACGACUUUAAUAAUGAGGACGCCCUCCUCAAUGCUACCAGUCGCCUUGCAGAGCAAGUUGCUGGGGUAUACUCGAGCUCCUCAUGCGUCGCUCGCGGUUUUGAAUCUGGACCUGAUUCGGAACCUGGUGUUCUUCUUCUUUAUUCUUCGAUAUGUCCGCAAGACGUUCUAUUUCCUACGCGGGUACGGUCUCUUCGGGGGUAUUCGGCAUCUCUAUGCCGCCGUUCGCCUUUUUUGUUACUCAGUCUUUCUGCGCGCGCCUGGCAUCCGUGGCCAAUUGAACAAGCAAGUGAGCACGGCGAUCGAGAAGCUAGAAACCAGGCUUGUGGUCAGCGGGCCCGAUGUGACGAGGCAUCUUGUCCUGCCUAAGGAAGGAUGGACGCCGGAACAGAUUCAAGCGGAGCUCGAUAAAUUGGCCGGGUUGGAGCAUACGCGUUGGGAGGAUGGUCGAGUGAGCGGUGCGGUGUAUCAUGGUGGCCAAGAUCUCCUCAAGCUUCAAACCGAGGCCUUUCAACGAUUUGGGGUCGCGAACCCGAUUCAUCCGGAUGUGUUUCCCGGGGUUCGAAAGAUGGAGGCGGAGGUUGUCGCUAUGGUCUUGGCCUUAUUUAAUGGGUCGUCGGAGGGUGCUGGUGUUACUACUAGCGGUGGGACGGAAUCAAUUUUGAUGGCUUGCCUCGCAGCACGACAGAAGGCGUUUCAUGAGCGAGGGGUAACUGAGCCAGAGAUGAUCAUCCCGGAUACGGCCCAUGCUGCUUUCAUUAAGGCCUGCAGCUACUUUGGGAUCAAGCUUCACCGUGUUCCGUGUCCUGCUCCGUCUUACACAGUCCACGUUCCCUCUGUCCGGCGUCUGAUCAACCCGAACACUGUUUUGCUUGUUGGGUCGGCACCAAACUUCCCUCACGGCAUGGUGGAUGAUAUUCCGGCCUUGUCACGCCUGGCUACCAAGUACAAGAUCCCCCUUCAUGUCGACUGCUGCUUGGGAUCGUUUGUGAUCGCCUUCCUUAAAAAGGCUGGCUUUCCCUCUCCAUAUGAGGAACAGGGUGGCUUCGACUUCCGCCAGCAUGGUGUCACCAGCAUCAGCGUGGAUACCCAUAAAUAUGGUUUCGCCCCGAAGGGUAAUUCAGUCCUUUUGUAUCGCAAUCGGACGUAUCGCAGCCACCAGUAUUUCAUCUAUCCCGAUUGGUCUGGUGGUGUCUACGCAUCUCCCUCUAUUGCAGGAUCUCGACCGGGGGCUUUGAUUGCUGGCUGUUGGACGAGUUUGAUGACCGUGGGAGAAGCGGGAUACAUCAAAAGCUGCCUGGAGAUUGUUGGGGCAGCAAAGAAGUUCGAAGCCUCUCUUAACGAGCACCCUGUUCUCUCCAAGCAUCUUCAGGUCAUCGGAAAGCCGAUGGUGAGCGUUGUUGCUUUCCAGAGCAAAAAUGGCGCCAUUGACACAUAUGAUAUUGCGGACGACCUGACCGAAAAGGGCUGGCAUCUUAACGCUCUCCAGUCACCUCCUGCGCUCCAUAUGGCUUUCACUAUCCCCACAGCUGCUGCCGUUGACAAACUUACCAGUGAUGUAGUGGAAGUGGUGGAAAAGGAACUCGAAAAGGCCGAGGAGAGGAAGAAGCAAGGCAAAUCUUAUAUCCUCAAGCGAGGCGAUACGUCAGCCUUGUAUGGCGUGGCAGGAAGUUUACCGGACAAGAGCGUUGUCAGCCGUCUUGCGGAAGGAUUUCUCGACACCCUCUAUAAAGCCUAAGCGGUGCUUUUUGAUUGUUAAUAGAUUUUUCGGAACCUCAGGGUUGACUCAGACUGUAUAUAUGCACCCCACCCUUGUGUAAUAAUGUUAUUAAAGGCGAUCAAUCGGUUUUCGGGGUUUGGACCUGGCGUUUUGCAAUUCAAGUUGAGUACCUAAAGCCUGUCUACAACACUGCCGGUUGAUCCCGUCACAUCACUAUUGAUCAUGGGAAAUAAGCCAGAAAUCUGUUGGUACCGAACUGCAAUUAUAUCUAUGAUACAUGGAAUAAAACAGGAAAUAUACAUACACAAUACAUCUUAUCAGCCAGUCAGUUCUCAUGAAACAAACCCCAGAAAUCCAAAAAAAAAAAAAAAAAAA